UUUAUAUUCUCAAGUAUUCAUGUAAUUCAUUUUAGAUUUUAAAUAAAUUCCUAAAUAAAGAUAAUAUUUUUCAAGGAAUAGUUAGUUAAUCAAAUUAGUUGUUAAAAUAAGCUAUAACUUUUUAAAAAUGGCCAAAAGAUCAGCUUCCAUGGCCUUCGAAUCAGAUGGAGCUUUGAACGAAGAUCAAACAAAAUGUAAAAAAGAGGGGAAGAAGCAUUCUUUGGACUCAGAUGAAGAGGAUAGUGGAGCUGAAGAAGAGAAACAAAAUGUUCUUAACGCUGAUGACAUUGAAGGUGAAGAGGAAGGGGUUGCAGCUGUAGAAGGUGAAUAA